CAGGCCCAGACGAGCCCGCCUUCCUGCGCCCGCCCGCCAACGCCGGCAUCCCUCCGCCUGCAGUCAGAAGGGGUCUCCCUCCCUCCCUCCCUGCGAAUUGGGGAAGGGGCUUCUGGGAGUGCUUGCAGAGUUUCUUGGCUGGGCCUUAUCUUGAUUCCUCCAAACCACCAUGCCUGGUGAGAGUCACUGCAGGGGCAGGAAACUUCCAGCUGAGAGUGACGGUGUUCCUGAGUUUGUUGUUCGAACCCGGAAAAGAAAAGCUGAUGUCGUAAUAUUUUUACAAGAUCCAGAUGAAGAUACUUCCAGUAUAAAUACAACCAGCAGAAAAUCAAAUGAAAGUCAGUCAAAUUAUGCUGCGUGUCCUUAUUCACACUUGCUGAUCCCUACACCAGAGAAAGAUGAAGAACUUGAGAAUGCCAACUUUGCAAAUUCUAAACAUCAAAAGCUGGUUUCGGCUAGGGAGACACCAUUGCCUGUUUUGGGUUGGGCGAAUAGAGAUGAAGUAUGGCAAAAUAUGCUCAGUAAGGAACAGAAGUAUGCAAGAGAUAAACUUUAUAUGGAAAAGCAUCCCCUUUUGGAACCUAAAAUGCGAGUAAUUCUCCUAGAUUGGCUAAUGGAGGUUUGUGCGGUCCACAGACUACAAAGAGAGACGUUUUAUUUAGCUCAGGAUUUCUUCGAUCGUUUCAUGGCAACACAACAGAACAUUGUAAAGACCCUCCUCCAGCUGAUUGGGAUAUCGUCUUUAUUUAUAGCUGCUAAACUUGAGGAGAUCUACCCGCCGAAGCUUCACCAGUUUGCCUAUGUUACCGAUGGUGCUUGCACGCAAGAAGAAAUUAUUAGCAUGGAACUCAUUAUUAUGAAGGCGCUCAAUUGGAAUCUGAGUCCCCUGACAAUCGUGUCUUGGCUAAACAUAUACAUGCAGGUCGCAUAUCUAAGCGAGAUCUGUGAGAUGCUGCUGCCACAAUAUUCUCAAGAGAUAUUCGUGCAAGUAGCCGAGCUUUUGGAUCUGUGUGUCCUCGACGUGGGCUGUUUGGAAUACACGUACGGUAUCCUGGCGGCUUCGGCAUUGUAUCACUUCUCCUCUCGCGAGUUGAUGCAGCGGGUUUCGGGAUACCAACUGAGCGACAUAGAGAAGUGUGUGAAAUGGAUGGUCCCCUUUGUGAUGGCCAUCAAGGAGGUGGGGAGUUCCAUGCUGAAGAGCUUCCGAGGAGUCCCCGCCGAAGCUUUGCACAAUAUACAAACGCACAUAAACACCUUUGGCUUGCUGAACAAAGCUCAAACCAAACAAGCUAUGUUAGCUGAGAAGAACAUGUGUUCUCCUUUGCCCACGGGUGUUCUCACCCCACCUCAGAGUAGUAAAAAACUCCCACGGACCUUGAAAUAGCUAAAGCUACGGAAGCUGCUCGUUCUCCUGAUCACCGGCUUUUUAAAAAAACGCAACUCCCUCGCCCUAUAUUUUUAUUUUCACGAUUCUGCAUUUUUGCAUGAUGCUGCCAGUGAGUUCAGAUUAAUGCUAGAAUGGAGGGGGAAAAUUCCUUUAUGUAUUUUUAUGGAAGAAACCGACUAGUUCUGAAAACUGGUUUUUCUUUUCCUUCUUUUUAAUGGAAUGUCUGUUUUUAAAGGAACUCUUUGAAUAUACCAGCCACCUCAAACAGGGAUGUGCUUGGAUUGCUGCUAAGGGAAGAGUUAUUUGAUGUGCUAAUCAGGGGGGGGGAGAGGUUUUUGCUCUCUGGAUGCUGGGAAGUCCCAACAAUGCGCUGGUUGGAGUUAGCCAUGGAAGGCAAACCUCUUCGCAGAUUUGACUUAACAGCCUGGUUUUUUUAAACAAAAUCCUUUGUAAAUGCUCUUAUGUAUCUCUAAUUUUUUUAAAUAAAGUGCGGCCCUUGCUAAUAA